CUGUAGAUUCUGUAUAUAAACAGUUGGAAGUCACUGUUCUCAACACGAUAGAAAGUCUUAGGAAUCUUCAAACAAUAUAGAACAAUGCUUCCAAUCGCCCUGGUCGCCGCAUUGAUAGCCUGUACCCAUGGUCAGACUGCCAUAGAGAAGGACCCUACAAAGGUCUGCUUUCCCGACACGCUUCAGUUCGUGACCUUUAACCUCAAUACAGAUGAAGCAGGCGUGGAAGCAGUAGACUUCAGGAAGAACAUGCUGGGAAAGAUCACGCCAACCAAGACAUAUGUCCAGGACUUUAAUGCCAGAAAAACUUAUAUUGUUAGCACCGAUGGCAGUUGUCAGACCUUUGACAUUCCUGACGAUGGCAUCUACCCCCAAUGUCUGCCAGCCAAUGCUGUAUGGGUAGGAGAGGCCAACUGGGGAUUCGGACCUAACCUCUUGCCUGAGGAUGGCUGGGAGGUACCUUACAACGGAGGCAAAAUCAGAAUUCUUGUCACCAAACAGCCCGGUCAGCCUCGCUACAUCAUGUUGUCCAAGUUUAUUGAAUGUAAUGGUAACUAUACAGUCACAAUGUAUCUCAAUCCAAGUGUUACCAUCACCCAGGCCAAUAUCUUUGACAUCCCAAAGACUUGCACCCCUUCAACUAUUGUUUAAUAUGCCAACGUUUUUGAAUUGUUAUGUCUUUUGAUUAUCUAUAUUAUUCUAUAUGUUUUUCUAUGUCAAUAUAUUUUUUUAUGUAUUACAUCCUGGACCACUUCGGUGCCCAGGCAGAGAAAGUCAAAACAUUGUUAUUGCGAGUUAAAUACAUUUAGUUUGUUUCUAUUGUUAUUUUUAUAUCCUUGUUAUUAUUGCGUCAAUUAUUAUAUCGCAUUAUGAACGUAAAUAAACAAUGAUAUUAUUGUAA